AUGGCUUGCUGCUCGGCCACCAAGCGGCAUGCGAGCCAUGCGCCCGCGUUGCUGCUCGGUAUCCUCGUGGGCGCCUCCGUUGUGUUGUUCGUGGAUGAUGGGCGGAUGGCAACAGCGACGCGCGAGCAUGUGCUGCCACGGUUCGCCAUCAGCCCCAGCCGUGGGGCACCUACAACUGGGCCCAGUGACAACGACACAAGCGUUGUCACGCCACCCAACAGCAGCACCUGCAACUGCGUCUGCAGCACUGGCGCGGGUAGCAACGCCACCAACACCAGCAGCAGCAGCAGCAGCAGCAGCAGCAGCAGCAGCAGCAGCAGCAGCAGCAGCAACAGCAGCAGCCCCUCCCCUCAAGGAGGUUUAGGCCAGCCGCCGCCCCAGCGCGAGGCCCUGUGUCGCCAGCCCCAGCGCACCUGCACGUUUGCGCACGCCAGCCAGCAGCUGCUGUGCAAUGGCACCUACCCGCAGAUGAUCACUUGGGCUGACCAGGCCAAGACCAGCGCGGUCGGGCAGGUGUUCAAGCUGGCGCCAGGCUGCGUUGACGGGUCGGGUGCAUGCCUCUUUGACGCUGACCCUGCUCCAGCCAGGCAGAUCAUCUUUAUGGGCGACUCGCAGGCGCUCAAAUGGUCCCUUGCCAUGUUUUACUGGCUGAGCAAGCUGCCGAACGUCACAUGCAACUUCACGGGAUGGGAGGUGCACCAAAAGGGCGGGUAUUACAAUGUAUCUGAAACGGUUUUCGGCAAGCAGGACUGCGGCGCCUGCGACAGCUGGCGGGCCGUGUGCCAGGGGCCGCGCAGGCGCGUGGAGUUGGAGUUCUUGCGAAUGGAGUUUCUGAUUGAUUCCGAGCUCACCACACCUAUGCGCAUCCAUUGGGACCACAACUGUGCCAAAGACCGCUCACCUCCAUGCAAGUAUUAUUGGAACACCCAGCUCUUCCUGUUCGACCUCUACUUGAAGGCGCGACAGCCUCCACCCGACCAUAUCCAUAUCAUGCAAAGCAUGCACGAUUGCGCGCGCCGCUCGCCGUCCGACUUCCGCCGCGACAUGGCGUGGUUUGUGGACCUCUUGAACACCACGCUUGCGCCCAGCACCAACGUCUAUUUCUGGGAGGCGCCGUCCCCGCAGAGCGCGCGGCAGCCCGCCGAGUACCGGGACGUGACAUCCCAGGCGUGCAUGCAGUGGAUGAACGCAGCCGUGAAGGAGGCGAUCAAGCCGUUUGUCGAGCGGACGGCGGCGGCGCCAAACGCGUCGACGCGCGGCCACGCGGGUUUCUAUGGGGCCUUUGAUUCGUACACGCCUACGGCCUCGCGCCUUGACCUGAACGUGGACGGCGUGCACAUGCGGCCAGACUGGUAUGACACGCUGGCGAGCGCGGUCAUUGCUGGCACGUGCGGCUGA